AUUCAGCCGACGCUCUACAAAUACACACGACUCCAACACAGGAGAGUCCCCACGCCAUGCACGCUCUCCACCAGACCCUUCUCCCCUCAUCCUCCAUACACCACUCCCUCUUCCUCCCACACUUCACCCCGUCAACCAUCUACCCUCUCCCAAAACCACCUGCAGCGCUCGAUACUCUCGAUGUCAAGGUCAUCGGCAACCUUGUCGUCGCCGGAGCAGAAGUCCUGAGAGUGUUUGAAAUACGGGAAGAGAGUGUCCCGAUAAUAGAAAAUGUCAAACUGGAAGAAGAUGUGGCUGAGGGCGAGAAGGAUGUGCAGAUGGAAGAAGUCGGCGACGGAUUCUUUGACGAUGGUCAUGCAGAACGAGCUCCGUUAAAAUACCAAACGACUAGGCGGCUGCAUCUCUUGACGCAACAUGAGCUCAAUGGCACGAUAACGGGUUUGGCAGCUACGAGAACGCUUGAGAGUACCAUCGACGGUUUAGACAGGUUGAUUGUGUCGUUCAAGGACGCAAAGAUGGCACUUUUGGAAUGGUCAAGAGGGGAUAUCGCAACAGUGUCUUUGCAUACCUACGAGCGAUGCUCUCAAAUGAACACUGGUGACUUGCAGAGCUAUGUCCCACUGCUCAGGACAGAUCCGUUAUCGAGAUUGGCUGUUCUUACUCUUCCUGAAGACUCGUUGGCGGUUUUGCCUUUGAUUCAAGAGCAGUCAGAAUUAGACCCAUUAUCAGAAGGCUUCUCCCGUGAUGCACCUUACUCGCCCUCAUUUGUUCUCUCCCUUUCAGACAUGUCUAUAACCAUUAAGAACAUUCAAGAUCUCCUUUUCCUUCCCGGCUUCCACUCCCCCACUAUCGCACUCCUCUUUUCACCCAUGCACACUUGGUCAGGUAGAUUACAAACUGUUAAAGAUACAUUUUGCUUGGAGAUUCGUACCUUUGACCUUUCUUCCGGCACUUCCUAUCCCCUCCUCACAUCUGUCUCUGGUCUCCCUAGCGACAGUCUGUACCUUGUCGCAUGCCCUUCUGAACUCGGCGGCAUCGUCCUUGUGACCAGCACCGGUAUCGUGCAUGUCGAUCAAGGUGGUCGAGUGACUGCUGCUUGCGUCAAUGCCUGGUGGUCCCGAAUUACAUCCCUCAAAUGCUCAAUGGCUUCUGUAUCCCAGAAACUUACCCUCGAAGGAUCUCGGUGUGUCUUUGUCACUCCUCAUGACAUGCUGCUCGUCCUUCAGAAUGGUGCCGUCCAUCAAGUGAGGUUUAGCAUGGAAGGCAGGGCGGUCGGAGUGAUUGAAGUGCUAGAUAAGGGAUGUGUCGUUCCUCCCCCAUCAGAUUUGACUGUGGCGGGUGAUGGUGCCGUGUUUGUCGGUUCUGCGGAGGGUGAUUCAUGGUUGGCCAAAGUCAAUGUUGUCAGGCAGGUGGUAGAAAGGUCAGAGAAGAAGAAGGAUGAGAUGGAAGUAGACUGGGAUGAAGAUCUGUAUGGUGAUAUUAAUGAUGCUGCACUUGACGAAAAGGCCCAAGAACUGUUCGGUCCCGCUGCAAUCACUCUUUCUCCUUAUGACAUUUUGACAGGUGUUGGGAAGAUUAUGGAUAUUGAGUUUGGUAUCGCUGCUUCCGAUCAAGGAUUACGCACUUAUCCCCAAUUGGUGGCUGUCAGUGGUGGAUCUCGCAACUCAACCAUCAACGUCUUCCGUCGAGGUAUCCCUAUAACAAAGCGCCGCCGAUUCAACGAGCUGCUCAAUGCCGAAGGUGUCUGGUUCCUCCCUAUCGACAGACAAACGGGGCAAAAAUUCAAGGAUAUCCCCGAAGCGGAGAGGGCAACAAUAUUGCUGAGCAGUGAAGGAAAUGCCACCAGAGUCUUUGCGUUGUUCUCUAAACCUACGCCCCAGCAGAUUGGUCGGCUUGACGGCAAGACCUUGUCAGCAGCACCAUUCUUCCAGCGAUCAUGCAUCCUGCGUGUUUCUCCCCUAGAGGUCGUUCUCUUGGAUAAUAAUGGUAAAAUCAUUCAAACCGUCUGCCCUCGUGGUGAUGGUCCCAAAAUUGUAAAUGCCAGUAUCUCGGAUCCGUUCGUGAUCAUCCGCCGAGCGGACGAUAGCGUCACUUUCUUUGUCGGUGAUACUGUUGCAAGAACGGUUGCUGAAGCUCCCAUCGUCUCGGAAGGAGAAUCUCCCGUUUGCCAGGCGGUAGAGGUCUUUACAGACACCACCGGCGUCUACCGUACUUUCGAGCCUUCCAAAUCCGAGUCCUCGGAGCCCAUCUCCCACCAAAUUGACUCUGAAAAUAAACCCAACAUCACGAACGGCAUAAAUGGCACCACUGCGCGUUCCGCUCGCCAAACCCAGCUCACUCCUCAGCAGAUCAAGCGAUUACAAGAACAAGAACCUGCCAUCACCACAGAAGCACCUAGCAUGGAGACUGCAAUCAACUCUCCACAUGGCACUCAAUGGCUUGCGCUUGUGACGAGGGGUGGCGAGCUACAGAUACGGUCGUUGCCCGAUUUGCAGAUUGUUUUGCAGAGUGAGGGUUUGGCAUCGUCUGCACCGAGUUUUACGGAUGAUUUGGGUGAGAAUCCGGGGUAUGUACUUGGUGAGAAAAGGGAAGAGGGUGAAGAGGAGGAUGAGAUUAUACAGAUGGUGUUCUGUCCCAUUGGAAAGGGAACUGUCAGGCAGCACUUGCUCGCUCUUCACCACUCGGGUCGAUUAAACGCCUACGAAGCUCAACCUCGCUUCACCGUCGAUGCAUCAUCCCAUUCUCGUCGUUCGCUCGCAGUUCGAUUCCGUAAAGUUCAUACUCAACUUCUUCCCAUCUCGGGCGGUGUCGGUACCACCAACGGGAACGCUCGACUGCCUUACACCAUCGUCCCCUUCAACAACAUUGAGGGUUUGACCGGAGCGUUCAUUACUGGAGAGAAACCGCAUUGGAUUAUCUCGAGUGAAGCUCAUCCUCUGAGGGCGUUUGCGUUGAAACAGGCGGCGAUGGCGUUUGGUAAAACGACUCAUUUGGGUGGAAAGGGAGAAUACUUCAUUAGAAUAGAAGAUGGCUCCUUCAUCUGUUACUUACCCCCCACACUCAACACUGACUUUGCUAUCCCUUGUGAUCGGUACCAAAUGGAACGAGCUUAUACCAAUAUAACAUUCGAUCCAACAUCUGCUCAUUACGUCGGAGCUGCUUCCAUUGAGGUGCCGUUUCAGGCGUAUGAUGAAGAGGGAGAGAUCCAGCUGGGGCCAGAUGGUCCUGACCUCAUUCCCCCGACUAACCAACGAUCAACUCUUGAACUUUUCUCGCAAGGUUCUGAUCCUUGGAAAGUUAUUGAUGGUUAUGAGUUUGAUCAAAACGAAGAAGUCAUGAGUAUGGAAAGUGUGAACUUGGAAUCGCCUGGUGCGCCGGGUGGCUAUAGGGACUUUAUCGCCGUGGGAACUGGUUUCAACUUUGGUGAAGAUCGAGCUACGAGAGGGAACACAUAUAUAUUUGAGAUCCUUCAAACUGUCGGACCGCAAGGAGGGGGAGGUCCUGGUAGCGUACCAGGGUGGAAAUUGGUUAAGAGGACGAAAGACCCCGCGAGACAUCCCGUGAAUGCUGUAAAUCACAUUAACGGGUACUUAUUGAACACCAAUGGUCCGAAGCUCUACGUAAAAGGCCUUGACUACGACUCUCAGCUGAUGGGUCUCGCUUUCCUCGAUAUCCAAUUAUACGCUACCACUGUCAAAGUGUUUAAGAACUUUAUGCUCAUUGGCGACCUUUGCAAGAGUUUUUGGUUUGUUUCGCUUCAAGAAGAUCCCUACAAGUUCACGACCAUCAGUAAAGAUUUGCAACAUGUCUCGGUAGUGACUGCAGACUUCCUUGUACACGAUGGCCAGGUGACAUUUAUCUCCAGCGACAGGAAUGGUGACAUGAGAAUGCUUGACUUCGAUCCCACUGACCCCGACUCGCUGAAUGGUGAACGUUUGAUGCUGAGAACCGAGUACCAUGCUGGAUCUGCCGCCACAGUAUCGAAGGUGAUUGCCAGGAGGAAGACAGCAGAGGAAGAAUUUGCACCGCAAACACAGAUCAUCUAUGCUACGGCCGACGGAGCGUUGACAACUGUUGUAUCUGUCAAGGAUGCGAGGUUCAAGCGAUUACAGCUCGUAUCUGAUCAACUGGUCAGGAACGCCCAGCAUGUUGCGGGCCUCAACCCUCGGGCCUUCAGAACUGUUCGUAACGACCUCUUACCACGCCCUUUAUCGAAGGGUAUCCUGGAUGGUCAACUUCUCAACCAAUUCGCUCUCCAACCGAUAGGAAGGCAAAAAGAGAUGAUGCGACAGAUUGGUACGGACGCCGUUACUGUCGCUAGUGAUUUGCAGGCCUUAGGCGGUUUCUGGUAAAGAGGAAAAGCAUAUGAAAAGGGUUGUUGAGAAGGAUAUAUCCUCUAUUUUACAAUUUCAAUGAGCGCAUGUUAGUAAAAGGCUAGACGUACUAAGCCAAAUGCAUAGCAUUAAUCAGUG